AUGUCCGGUGGCUCGCAACACAACCCUAAUGGAAGACAAUCGCAACUGGGAGCGGGUUGGAGCCCAUUACAGUUACAGGUGGCCAAUCUGUUGGCACGAGCUCCUCAAGCGCACAUGGCCUCGGAGCGAGGUCUGACGUGGCACACACCGACCCCACCACCACAUUUAUACCAUGUACCAGCCCCAUCACCUCCUGAUCCGUUACAAGGUCUUUUGACGUUGCAGGCUAUGAAGGGUGCCAACUCGGUGUUCAGGCACACGGCCACUCCACCGGAACUGUUCAGACACACACCAACACCUCCGGACAAACAUUUGAUGCGACAUACUCCAUCCCCGGGGGACGUCAAGGCGGGCGCUGCUCUCCCACCGAGUGAUCUGUAUCCUCAUUUAGGACCAGGGAGGGAAAAACUCCUUCGAGCCGAUGAGUUGCUGGCGUACGCGCGCGGCGGGGUCGACCUGACGGUGGGAUCGCGUGGGUCGAACGGGUCUCCUACAAUACACUCGGGCCCCGCGCUCUCUGUCCGCGAUGCGCCCACUAUCAACAGCCUGCUCGCCCGAACACGUCCGGCCCACGCGAGGGUGGACUCCUUACUGGAGCGCCUCUCAGCCGCGCCCCCCGUCUCCCCCCACUCCGUCAUUGUUCACCCCCGUGCCGCUCCAACGCCCUCCCCCCCAUCCUCUAAUGAGGUUAGUCUGUAUGAUUCGGCGGACUCCUGCGGUGCACCGCCGGGUUCGAAACGGAAACGGAAACCGGAGCGCACAAUACGUGUUCCUGUGCCACCUCCCCCGCCCGCUGAAGUACCACGACCCGCGACACCGCCUAGAGUUUUACCAGUACCGACACAGCCGUUAGAAAAUGGCGACACGGGACACACGACACAGAACGGACCACAAAAACCUCCCACACCACAGCCACCAGAACCACACGCGAGAAGAAAAACACGAUCAGGCUCCGCCGAGACCAUAGACGAUAUAGCGGCUAUGAUCGCGAGCACGGACUCAGAGCGGAGAGAUACAGCCCCAGACCCAACUCCACCAGAACCGGAAGUCCCAGUCACAGUUGAUAAGCUAAAAAGUGUCCUAGCGAGCCCUGAACCGGAAGUGAAAUCCCCACAAGCCACACAGAACUGCCCUCAACCGGAGCCGAAAUCUCCGAAGAAGUCGCCCAAAAAGGAGGAACCGGAAACGCCUCCGGCUGCGGCGGCCGCGCCGAGGAGAAGGAGCACAAGAACAUCAAACACAGAAUCAGCAAACGUACCAGUAGAAUCACCGUCCGAAGCAAAACCAGCGGAGCCCGAGUCCAGUGAAGCGAGGAGUGCGGAGCCUACAGCAGCUAGCUUCGUUGAAGUAGAGAAUCAGUUGGAGAAAAUGUUCGCCGGCUUAGAAGAAGCGCCGGCUUCCGAGAGGACAGACGGCGAAAAGAAACAAACGGCCAAGGCGAGGAAACGAAGAAAAUCAGCACCAACUAAAGGUGAACGGAAGGCGUCCAAGCGUGCGAGCAGGGCUUCAACUGGCGAUGAGGCUCCUAGACGGAAGACGGUCAGGAAAAAAAUUGAUAAAAAGAAGAAAGAAUCUGUUAAAGACGCGUAUGACUCGGGCAGCAAUGCGAGCUCCAGUCGAUCAAGGGGACCCUAUAUACAGAUCGUGGGUCCGCGGGAUUCUCCAGUUUCUGUGUCAGUUAUCAACGCUGCUGCCGGCGAGGAGGAGCGUCGUACUGCUGAUGAGUGGAGGAACGGCCUGCGGGCCCGGGGCCUGCACGCGAGUACUCUAGGCCUGCGGUACGACGCAUCUACACCGGACGCCUCCUGGCUGUGCGCCUUCUGCGAGCGGGGACCUCACCAUUCAGGCCUGGGAGACCUGUUCGGACCUUACCCCAUUGACGUCAACUCGGAGGAGUAUAGUUCUUUGGACGAGUCAUCGAAGCGUCGUUUCACAUCAUCGUCGGGGGGUGCGGAGGUUUGGUUUCAUGAGGCCUGCGGUGUAUGGGCACCAGGUCUAUUGGCCGCCGGGGCCCGUCUCUGGGGCCUGGCGGAGGCCGUCUGCGGAGCCCGAGGCCUCCGCUGCGGGUCCUGCGGUCGGCAGGGCGCUGCCCUAGCCUGUUCCUCCCGGGCCUGCCAGGCCGCCACUCACUACCCCUGCGCCACCUCGUGGAAACUCACCGACGACUUCAGAGCAUUCUGCCCUAGACACGCCUAG